AUGCACCAUCGCAUCUUCUUCAACAACAUGUACUUCAGUUGUUGCCUUCAAAUUGGAAUCCUAGCAGAUGGCUUGGUUGAUUCGGUUGGCAAAGAAUAUUUGUUCUUCAAAACUCAUUUCAGUUUGAAGUGGUAUGUCAUCGGUUGUGCACUUUAUUGUGCAUGUCUCAGAUUAAAAUUAAGAGAUUGUCUGUCCAAAAUUCAAUUUCACAUCCAAUUAUUAAUGUACAGAAAGUUGUCUGCUGUGAGAUGGGUUGGUGGUGUUGAAUUGGAGCUUAUAGCAAUAGCCACUGGUGGAAGAAUUGUCCCUAGGUUUCAGGAAUUAACAGCAGGUGGUUCGGAUGCUGUCACACUAAAAACAUUAAAAGAAAACAGAUUCAUUUUGAUUGGCACCAAAUUCGGGUCAUAA